AUGGAGCUUGCGCCAUGGCGGCUCUUUCUUCUCCUUGCCUUAUUUUCGAAUCCCUUCCUCGUCUAUUCUUCAUAUGCAAGUCGUUUCAUUAUUCAAGUCGAGGAGCCGAUUGAGCCGCAGCUAACGGAAGCGAGCCUCAAGAGGUGGCAUCAGUCUUUCUUGCCGUCGGCCGUUGAGGAGUCUGGUGCCGAUCGGCGACUGCUGCACUCCUACAGCGACGUCUUCAGCGGGUUCGCCGCCAUGCUCACGGAGGAUGAGCUACAGGAGAUGGGGAAGAAGAAGGGCUUCGUGCGUGCGUUCCCCGACCGAGUGCUGCGCGUAAUGACCACCCACACGCCAGAUUUCCUCGGGCUCAAGGUCGGGAUCAAGGGGCUGUGGAACGACUCGAAGCUUGGGAGCGGAGUCAUCAUCGGAGUUCUCGACUCCGGUGUGACGCCCGGCCACCCUUCGUAUGACGACAAGGGGGUCCCGCCUCCGCCCUCGAAGUGGAAAGGCCGGUGCGAUCUCAAGACCGGUUGCAACAACAAGCUCAUCGGUGCUAGGUCGAUGAUCGAUGGUGUGGGUGGGAGUCCUCCAAUCGACAAGACUGGCCAUGGGACCUUCACUUCCUCCACUGCCGCAGGUAACUUCGUCCACAACGCGAGCUACUUCGGCUUGGCCAAAGGCACAGCCGCGGGGAUGGCCCCUCGGGCUCACCUCGCCAUCUACCAGGUUUGCCAAGACGACGGCUGCAAUGUCGGCGACAUCCUCGCGGGGUUGGACGCAGGUGUCAAGGACGGCGUCGACAUCUUCUCUAUCUCGAUUGGUGGCCAAUAUAAGGCACUCGACCAAGAUCCCGUCGCCAUCGGUUCAUUCGCCGCAACCAGGAAGGGGAUCUUCGUCAGUUGCGGCGCUGGCAACGAUGGACCCAACAACUUCACCCUCGCCAAUGAGGCACCGUGGGUCCUCACCGUUGGGGCUAGCAGCGUCGAUCGAAACUUUAGGGCCUCAGUGAGACUCCCCAAUGGGAAGGUGAUUCCCGGAGAGUCUCUCGACCAGCCCCGCAACUUCACUAAAAGCUCUCUUCCCCUGUACUACUCCACUGAGUCACCGGCUUGCGACAUGGAUCCUCCUGAUGAUAGUCACAGGGGUAGCAUCUGGGUUUGCAAUGUCGGUGGCAAAAUUGCAAAAGAUGUGGCGGCGUUCGUCAAGUCCCAUGGUGCCAAGGCGGUGAUCUUCAUUGUCUCGCAAGUUGAGGGCGCCACCGUCCUGAUUAGGAGGCUGAACUUCCCUGGAAUAUGGCUCGCCUCCCAAGAUGGCUCCGACUUGAUAUCAUAUUUGAUCUCGGCUUCCGACCCCUCUGCCUCGAUCGUCUUCAACGGGACAGAUCUCGACAUCUCCGCCCCUGGCCUUAAUAUCUUCGCGGCCUCGAUUUCUUCCAGUGACGCUCCCGAGUAUGCUAUCAAAUCUGGUACGUCCAUGUCGACGCCUCACCUCAGUGGCGUUGUCGCGCUCUUAAAGGCAACACACCCUACUUGGUCACCGGCAGCUAUCAAGUCGGCGAUCGUCACCACGGCAAACACCGACAUGUCUGACGAGUUACUCGAGCCAGCGCUCUAUUUCGCCAAGGGCGCAGGACACGUCAACCCUAACAAAGCUGUCGAUCCUGGUCUUAUUUAUGACAUCUCCGACGACGACUACGUCUCCUACAUCUGCGGCAAAUUCGGUGAAAAGGGCGCUAGAAAUAUAGCACGUGGAAUCGUGGACUGCUCGAAGAGUAUGACGGAAGAGGAGCUCAACUACCCGUCGAUUAUGCUGGCCCCCAAAGUCGGGGCGGUAGCCAAGGUCAGCCGAGCCGUCACGAACGUCGGACCGGCUAGAUCUAGCUACAUGGUAUCGGUGACUAUAUCGAAGACUUUCGUGUCGGCUACUGUCACCCCCGAGACGUUGACGUUCACCGAGCUGAACGAACAGAAGUCAUUCACCGUGAGCGCAGAAUGGGGCACCGAUGGACCUCCCACUUCCGACAUUAAAUUUGUGGAGGGAAAAUUGACUUGGACCUCCAAUGAUGGUAAGCAUGUGGUGACGAGCCCAUUGAUCAUCUCGGCUUUAGAGUGA